AUGGACGUCCUGCCGCCAGCUCCAUCGCCUCCGGCCAGCCCUUCGAGGUUAGCCAUGGCCUCACCGCAGCGACUUCGCCGAAGUUUGCGACUUUCGGGCGCCUCCUCUUUGUCGUCGCCCGUGCGUGAUGUCAACAAGGAGAACGUGGGCUUCGCAUCCACCAUUCAACCCUCCAGCUCUGCAAAGACACCUGCCAUCGGACUUGCCGACGAUGCCAAGCACAGCAGCAGUCCCCUGUCGGGCUCCCCGCUGGCGAGCAGUUUCCCUCAGCACUCUUCGCCCGUCCGCGCACGAAGCUCACCAACUCGGCAUCGUUCGCCUCUGCGCCGCCACUUGGUCGGCCAAUCCGAUGACUUUGUCUCCUCCUCGGACGAAUCCGAUGACUCGGCCGUCGUCUUCUUCGGGAAGCCUUCGUCGGCCGAAAAGAAGAAGCGCAUCCACUACGAGCAGCGCGUGCUCGAAAAGCGUCUCAAGCACAAGGACAGUCUCGUCCUCACACGGCGCCGUCCCAUCAGCUUCAAUCCAGAUGACACAAUGCUCGUCGACGAUCACCUCGACUACGGCUGGUCCGCUGCCCGCCCAACACCAACCCCUUCCCGCUCAAUCUUGCUCAAGUUCGACUCUUUGGCCGAAUCGCCUGCUAGCCCUGUCUCUCCAACGCGAAGCAGGCGGAUCGGCUCGCUAUCUUCCAAGUCUCCCUCCGCUUCUCCCUCUCGGACCCCAGAUACCCAGCAACCGGCAUGCGCACCAGACGAGGACACCCUGACUACAGAGAUCCAAGCGCGCACAACUCCAGCCGAGCGUCAAGACGCUCCCUCUGUUUCAAAAUCGCCGCAGCGAGCACCAAAAAAUGAUGUCAAGGCUGACGAGGGACACAAGCCGCGACCAUCAGACUCACCAUGCGAGGAUGGCCGCCAAGUCAAUCCAUUCAUGGAGGCGCAGACAAGUCCUGCAAAGAACUCGACCUCCCGCAGCCCUGCUAAGCAGCUCAACCAGUCGCCUGAUCGCAACCAAAGUCCGAUCCGCUCGGUCGAGACGCUCAUCGGUGCCACCGUGUCCCAGAAUCGCGAGGCUCUUUCUCCCCAACGCUCGCCGCGUCGAUCGCCCAGGCUCUCGUUGCGUGCCUUGCAGCUCUCCACCUCGCCCACUAAGCUCGGCUCCCAACAGCUCGCAUUCGCCUCGCCGUCGCCAUUCCAGCAUGCUCUCCCACCCAUGCACGCUACCCCCUUCCAGCAAGUGGCGUCCGCCCAGCUUGUUCCUCCAAGCACCGGUCUUUCGCGAUUCGCAUGCCUUCAAAACAUCUCGUCCAUCAGCCAACCAGCCGAAACGCCCGCAAACCGCGUCCUCUCCAUGCGCCUGGCUCAUCAUGCUGUCCUCCCAUCACCAUUCAUCUCGAGUGGCGCUUUUGCUCCCCUCGUAGCAUCUCCCGCCAAGCCAAUGCAGACACCACGAACGCCGAGCCGCGCCGAGCCGACGCUCUCGCUGCCCUCUCCCUCCAAGAUGGCAAUGCACAGCGAGCAACGCGGUCCAGCCUCGCCUUCGAAAGCCGCUCCUGCCCCUGCAACUCCUUCGGUCAGAUUUGCAGACCUCGAAAGUCGCACAACACCCAGCGCCACAACUCGCCGACAGGACGAUAACGUGACUCUUGCUGCUAGAUCGCCUUCCGCAAAGACAACCCACGCCUCGCCAGACCGCACAGGCUCUCCACACGCCUCACGAGCUCCACCUCAAUCGCUCCCUUCGCCAGUACGCCAAGAGUCUGAGGCGGCCAAUGCGUCGCUUUUGACUCCCGCGCGCGAAUCGGUCUCGGAAUCUGAUGCAAACAAUGCGUCACCAGGACCCGUCUUCAGGCAGACAGCUCGACGCGUUCCCAUCCAUCAGCACGAGGCCGACUUUGGAGUAAAAGUGUCUCCCGAAAGGUCUCCCAGAAAGGCUUAUACCAACAGCUCUGCAAGGUCGGUCGAUUUCGGUCCCAAACCGGAGCGAAUCCCAGCGCGACGAGUCCAGGUGCACGCUUCCGCGGCAGCGCGCACCAACAUCCUCAAGCCAAGCGAAAAGGCGGGGCAGGAGGCGUCAAGGGCACCCAGUGUCGCUUCCAAAGCAGCGCGAUCGGUCAGCGUGGGAUCGAACAGAUUCGGUAGUCAAAACACAAGCCUGCCUCCCUCGGCUUUGUCCGGCGCUGCAAAGCUCAUCCCGCAUCGACUUGCCUCUGCCCCCGCAUCGGCGACGACAGCCACGCAGCCUGCCUCAAGGGGAGCAUCGGCCUCGCAAGGGCCGUCGGUGGCAUCCAAAGCUUCCCGAGGACAAAACUCAGCGUCGGCCGUCUUUGGACAGAAGCUGUCGUCGCCGGACAAGCCCUCGCGGUCUGCUAGUGGAUUGCCUCGACCAAGGCAGGCGACCGCUGGAAUCAGCUCUCUCCCGUCCGGAGGCCCUGGCACGCGUCUUCCCCGACCAGCUUCUUCAAGCCAAUCGGCGGGACCUGGACGUCCGACGUCACGACCAGUACCCAUGGCGAUCGCAAGGCUUGCACCGUCUCAGUCCGGGCUCAACCGCGUCAACUCAGGAGCACCAACAGCCAAGCCCACAACUGCUGCUGCUGCUGCUGAGGCAGACAAACCUAUCGCCAAGUCCGCGACGGUCUUCGAGGACGCUCCCGUUGCUCGCACUUCUGCUGCGUUGAAGGCGGGUGCCACCAGCGAUGCUGAUUCGCCAAGCGAGACUGGCACUCGGGUGAAUAGUUCGGAGGACCAAACUCCCUCCGUCGCCCUCGCCGCGCAGUCCUUGCCUGUCAGAAGCUCCGUCACCGUGGCGUCGAAAGCAUCCGUUUUUGCCGGUCCCACCAGAGCGAUUGCUCGCAAUUCAGAGCAAGGAUCGCUGCGUCCAUCGAGCCCUGUCGCUCUGUUGGCUCCGAGUAAAGCUGCGGCUUCAGCUCGUCCGCCUCCUCCGGUCAUGCUCGAUCCCGAACAGCAGCGAUUGCGAUGCUUGGCGAUGCAAGAGAAAGCGAGAAAUCGCGCACCCAAGGCCAAUUCCACACCAGCGACUUCAGAGGCGGACGAAUCGCCCUCUUCAGAGAUCGUCACAGACGGUCCCCAGUCUUCGGACGGCGCGGACAAGAUCGUCCCGCAUGCUCCGCCAUCCGCGACAACUGGACCCUUGGCCAACGAGAGGAGCGCCUCAUCCCCGAUCGAUGCGUCUGCAACGCAGAAUGGACCAGCAGCUACCUCGCAGGCUCCAUCCGCGGCUGUUGUGGAUUCGACAAGCACAGCCAUGCCAGUACCGCCCACAACGACUACGGGUCGGCCGCUGCGUUCUGCGCGAAAUGCUUCUCGCUCGCUCACGCCUUCGGCGACGCGCGUUGCGCCGUCCAGAGGGCGCGCUCUGAGCCUCAACGAUAUCAUUGCCGCGCGCAAGAUCGACGUGCCGCUUUCUCUAACGGACCAGCUGCGGCUGGCCGACACGGUGCACAAGAAGCACAACGAAAAGACACUGGCGCGCUACAAGAUCACCAAGAUCCAGAGGCCGUACGAAAGACCGCCGAGCCCCGACCGUCACGACCACGAGCCCGAAGCCUGCAUCAUCACCGACGACAUCAGCAGUCAUCGACUGGGUAAGGGCGAUGCCGCACCCUACUCUACCCCUACCAAGAGGGCAGCUCAGUCGGAUUCCGGUUCGUCGGAGGCGCGCAAGUGCGUGCGCUGGUACCGACCGCUCUUCGUCGGCAAGGGCGCGCAAUACGGCACGCAGAAGUGCGAGAGCAAGCCCGCGCUCAAGCCUAUCCACUACGAACUGGACCGCUUGGGCAACAAGAUUGCCACGGGUGACUCGCCCAAGCUGGGCAAGGGGCAGUCGAUCAUUAUCUAUCGCAACUACUUCAAGGGCGAAGCCGAGCCUGCCGACGACUAG